GUGAUGGGCACGCCCCGGCCUAGGGCCUCGGCGCCCGGAAAACGCGCGGACCGCUACAGAAUCUUCUCCCAGCCCAGCAGUGCCAAGUUCAAGAUGGGCUCCCAGGUCUCGGUGGACACAGGAGCUGUGCACGUGGUGAUCGUGGGCGGGGGCUUUGGAGGGAUAGCGGCCGCCAGUCAGCUGCAGGCGCUGAAUGUCCCCUUCAUGCUGGUGGACAUGAAGGACUCCUUCCACCACAAUGUGGCAGCCCUCCGGGCCUCCGUGGAGAGCGGGUUCGCCAAAAAGACAUUCAUUUCUUACUCGGUGACCUUCAAGGACAACUUCCGCCAGGGCAAAGUGAUUGGCAUAGACUUGAAGAACCGGAUGGUGCUGCUAGAGGGUGGUGAGGCCUUGCCCUUCUCACAUCUUAUUCUGGCCACAGGCAGCACUGGGCCCUUCCCUGGCAAGUUUAACCAGGUGUCCUGCCAACAGGCAGCCAUCCAGGCCUAUGAGGACAUGGUGAAGCAGAUCCAGCGCUCGCAGUUCAUCGUGGUGGUGGGAGGUGGCUCUGCAGGAGUUGAGAUGGCCGCAGAGAUUAAAACCGAGUACCCUGAGAAGGAGGUCACUCUUAUCCACUCCAGAGUACCCUUGGCGGACAAGGAGCUCCUGCCCUGUGUGCGGCAGGAAGUGAAGGAGAUCCUCCUCCGGAAGGGUGUGCAACUGCUGCUGAGUGAGCGGGUGAGCAACCUGGAGGAACUGCCUCGCAAUGAGUAUCGGGAGUACAUCAAGGUGGAAACGGACAAGGGCACAGAGGUGGCCACCAACAUGGUGAUUGUGUGCAAUGGGAUCAAGAUUAACAGCUCUGCCUACCACAGUGCAUUCGAGAGUAGGCUGGCCAGCAACGGGGCUCUGAAAGUGAACGAGUUCCUCCAGGUGGAAGGUUACAGCAACAUUUACGCCAUUGGCGACUGUGCCGACAUCAAGGAGCCCAAGAUGGCCUAUCACGCUGGCCUGCAUGCAAACGUUGCUGUGGCCAACAUUGUCAACUCCAUGAAGCAGAGGCCCCUCAAAGCCUACAAGCCAGGUGCGCUGACAUUCCUCCUGUCCAUGGGCAGAAACGAUGGCGUGGGCCAGAUCAGUGGCUUCUAUGUAGGCCGCCUCAUGGUACGGCUGGCCAAGAGCAGGGACCUUCUCAUCUCCACAAGCUGGAAAACCAUGCGGCAAUCUCCACCAUGACAGGGAGGCUGCAUGGGAGUCGAGUUCUAAAACAACAGGAAGAAAAAACACAUGGAAAGAAACCUCUGGUGGAACCUGGUUAAUUGUGGAAGAGGCCCUUUGUAAAGAGAGUAUAAAAUGCACCGGGCCCCUUCCCCAGGCAGGCAGGACCUGUUCCUGCUGCCUCCGCUCACCCUCUCAGCCACUCUCUGCUCCCAAGCCCUGUCAGCCUUCUGCAAUCCUUUUAAAAAAUAAAACCCCCGCUCUUGUGACAUCACCCUGACCCUCCUCCUUCCCCGCUGGGGAGCUACUUGGUGUCCAGUUUGGCCAUCUCCUGCACGUAGAUGCCAAUGCUCUCGCUGUCGAAGAGCAGGAAGUACACAUUCUUCAAUGAGGAUGAGCUCGAGUCGUCGAAGUGGGCCGAGAUGGCCUUGAGGGUCACUUGGGCGGCCGUCUGUUUGGGAAAGCAGUUUCUAUGUCCAAGGAAAAGAAGAGCCCAGGUCAUUUUGGUCCCUGUACCCACUGUGAAAUCCUCUCCUAGUCUCGGGGAGAGGGAGAUUGAACCUUUUGAGUUUUUGUUCUGACAGGGCCUUACAAUAUAGCCUUGAUCACAUGUAGACCAGGCUGGCCAUGAACUCAGAGAUCUGAGCCUCUGCCUUCCAGAGUGCAGUGAUUAAACACAUCACACCCU